AUGGCAAGAGGUCGAAAACCGACGACGAUGAACCGGAGCGAUCGAUACCUUGGAAGCUUCAGUUACGGUGACAGUCACCGUACUUCCGUCACCGACGAAUUGGAGCUCUCCGAAGAAGACAUCUGGUCACCGGCCGUCAUUCACGACGACAACGACACCGGGACAGACGAAUCUUAUGGCGCGUGGAAUCUACGCGCUUCAUCGGGAAGAAAUGGGCGCGUGGGAGGGCUGUCGCUGGCUUUGGAAGCUUCUUCAGGCGCGCCGCCGCUGUCGUCGUCUCCGAUGAUCGUGCAGCAGAUCCACGACGGAGGAGGAGAAAUCCGGCGGAAUUUGGCUUCGUCGGCGCCGGUGAACGUGCCGGACUGGAGUAAGAUAUACCGAGUGGACUCGGUUGAGUCGAUACACGAGUUGGACGAGGAGGAUGAGGAGGAAUCCGGGAUGAUGCCGCCGCAUGAGUAUCUUGCGAAGAGUCAAGCACGGCGGAGCAGGAAGACCGGAGGCGGCGGCGCGUCGGUGUUCGAAGGCGUCGGAAGGACUCUCAAAGGAAGAGAACUAAGGCGCGUUCGAGACGCGAUUUGGAGCCAAACAGGGUUCUAUGGCUAA